GGAAUCAGAAGCCGUCGGUUCAUUCGGUCUAUUUACAAACAGUCGACCGACACAUACCAAGGCAGCAGCGGUAGCCUGUCUGCAUCGCAUCGUACCUGGUCGACCGUGAGCGGCCAUCGGUCGACAUGUGAGGGACAAGGGAGGCAAUAGACAGGCAGAAGCCACACUGUCGUAUCAGUGUCAGCAGCUACCACACGGGCAGCUACCACAUUUGUUUGCUCGUCUUAAGACGACGUCUGUGUACGUACAACUAAGUAAUGAUCACACACACACACACACGCAGGCAAAGUCACAUCUGCAGCGACACACGGCAGCCAUCAAGAGCAACAUGUCAGCACGUGGAAAGCCCCGAGCCGCAAGCAGAGGCAAUACAGGACGACAACGGAAGAAAAGGCAAGUACAUGCAGACGGAGACAUCCACAGCGUUAGCGUGGCACAAGUCAGGUAAGGGGAGGCAAGGAACAAGUCAGAGCUCUGUAGCUGAGCUGCAGCGGUGGAUACACCUCAAUUGUCGACACCUGACAGGCAUAAUUGACAAGAUAUGGAAGACGACCAUGUGUCUCCAUCUGUAUCUGCCCGACGCACACUCACAUGUUCGCCCUUUCUGUGCCUUUGUGACUUGGAUGCUGACUUCGAUGCCGCCCCCGGCUGUGUAACCAGACCAAAGACCCUGCACACGUAAGAAGGCAAAACCUCUCUCACUUCACAGCAUUCCUUCGAUGUAUUCCUCACUUUUCCGCAAGAUUAAGGUUCGGCACUCUCGGUCUCUUGCUCGUGCGCAUCAACGACGUCUCACCCUCACUGACACCGGUAGAGCGGAGAGACUGCAACCGGCCUCUGUGUCUCUCUCUCUCUCUGUUCCUCCUUUCUCUUCUUUUUUCUUGGGCAGUGUCGAAGCGCACGCGGCCCCUUUCAGUGAUCUGAAUGGGAGCUGGCUGCUCCUUCAGCAGUGGCAAGUUGCGGAGGUCUGCGGGGCAAGAGAGACGUGGGUGAAUGUCUGCGUGUGCAUAUACAUGCUGACGCACCUGGUGGGAUCAUGUCCUUGUGUCCGAACCGCUCCUGUUUGAGAACGGGUAUGCCCUGGGCGCGCUGCUCCUCCAGCAGCGCGUCGAACAUGUCUCCCAGCUCACGCUCCAGCCGCCGAUCGGCCAAAUCACGAAGCAUGGCCUGGCGGGGAGACUUGAGCUGAAUUUGUGCCCGCACGAGACGCGGCGUGAUGGUGUUGGAAUGACAGAUGUCUUUUCCCCUCCGUCCAUUGUCGCAGACCUGGUUGAUCGACGCUUGUGUGACGGAUGAGGCAGACGACAGGUCUCCUGUCGCCGUGCUCGCCCCGGGCGAGCCGACACCGUCAUGUACAUCCGGCUGUUCUCCUUCCUUGUCUUCCUCUGCUGCUGCUUUUGUUGGUUGUUCCGGUGCUGAAGGAGGUUGUUCGGCAGCCGGCUGGUCGUCCUGCUCUGGCUGUGGUGGUGCCUGGUGGAUCUUGGCGGAUGCCCGGGCCCAACUCGCUUCCCUCGGCUCCUUGAUGUGGUUGUCAAUCCGAUACUUGGUGCGACGAAACAAAAGGGGAUGAGUGAGUGUUCUGCCGCACAGACACAUACUCAGAGAUAGCAUGUUGGCAGCGAUAAUCGGCUAAAUGUUGCUCUCUCACUUGAGCCUGAAGGGCUGUCGUCUCCUUCGCGUUGGUUUCUCCCCAUCAGCAUCUUCGUCCGCCGGCCUCUUGCCCUCAUAGAUGGCCACGUCAGGCAGCACCGCCACCAAAGAAAGAAUCCGGUAAUCAUACCACUUUCCCAGCGAUGACACGGCUCCGUCCUUCUUGAUCAGGGCCGGGCCGCGGAGAGGUUUCGAUUUCUUGUCCUUGCCCGCCUUCUCGUCCGGCGUGUUUGCCUUGAUGAGUGGGACCGACGGGACCAGCCGACGUUCUCUCGAUGUGAUGGUGCUGCGAGCAGUGCUCGAGCCCGGACGCGAUUCAACCAUCGUGAUCAUGAAUGAUGUACUUACACAGACGUCUUCCACUGGC